AUGAACAAGCGUAAAAGAGAGAGGAGAGAAUACAUGAUGAGAAGAGAAAGAGAGAUAAAGGAUACAGAGAUGGAAGAGAAGAAAAAUACCAUAAAAGAGAAGAUUGAAUCAAAUUCUAAGAUUCCUCAUGGACUGAAGAAAGAAGCAGCGAGCCUGUUGAAUGAGAUUAUUUAUGAUGGAAAAGCGGAGGAAGAGUAUAGAUUUCCUAAGGCGAUGGUAACAACAUCUAGGAAUCCAAGCUCACAACUUUUGUAUUUUUCAAAGAAUCUGUCAUUGGUUCUAAAUGCAGAGCAUUUUCUGAGAGGGCAGAAAUGUGAAUCUGAGAUAAGCGAUGAGGCUCAUAAUCAUGGAUACACAUGCGUCAUAAUUGCGCAUGAAAAUAGAGGCCGUCCUGUGAGUUUGGCGGUUUCGUAUUUUCCAUAUGGAUUUACAAUGCGAUUUACGAUUGUGGAUUAUUUUCUGACACAAAGGUCGUUUUCUCUAGGGCCCAAGGCAUACUUUGUAUGUGACAACAUGGAGGGCCCUGUUGGGAAAAAAGUAAAGGAGAAGAUUUCGUUGCUGUUUCCUAAGUGUGAAGAUGCAAAGAGAGUGGUAAGUUUAGUCAACAGGAAUGAGAAUAUUGCAUUCAGACACUACAUAAUAGAGAAAGGAUUAAAGAUAUCUCUGAACAAGAGCUUUGGAAUGGAUUUAAAAAUAUACGAAAUACGGAAGGGAACAUUUGAGCAGGAAGGAGAGAUUGAAUGGGUUUACAAGCCAUUUAUGAACUCAAGAAGAACCAAAGAAGAAAUUGGGUGUUCUAUGGAGGAAUUAUAUUAA